CCGCAGCGGGGAGGGGAAUUCCGGGAGGCGGCGGGACGCAGGCGCUGCCUGAUUCGCGCGUUUUCCGCGGCAGCGGAGCGACGUUCCUGCGCCCCGGUGGCGCCGCAGCCCGGCCUGUGGGGUUCGCCCGCCCGCCAUGGACAACGGCAAAGUGUACGGCCCGACCACCGAGCCGCAGAGCAAGGCCCCCGCCUGCCGGUGCACCGUCACCCGGCUCAGCCGCCAGCGCCUGCUGCUCAAAGGGGCGCAAGUGCUGCUUUCCUUUUUGGCCUUCAUCCUUGAAGAAAUUGUGGAGAGUUGUAGCCUGUGCGGUGGGCUUUAUUUCUUUGAAUUCAUAAGCUUCAGUGCCACCUUUCUGAGUCUCCUGAUACUGAUUGUGUUUUGCACCUCUGCUUAUGAGCGGGUUGAGAAGGAUAGAUUAAAGACAUUGGAUUUCUGGGUCACUACAGUAGUGGGAGGUCUCUUUUUUGUAGCUUCCAUUGUGUUUGCUGCAACCAAUGACAAGUCAUCUGUUGAAACUGUUGCAAUUGUGUUUGGCUUUUUGGCAAGUAUAGGAUUUCUAGCCGAUGGUAUUCAAAUGUUUAUGGAGAAACGUAAAGCAAAGGAAAAUAAAUCGGAGAACACUGGCAACACACAGAACACACCAGAAAAUCAGCCGCUGAAUAACCAAAGCUAAACUUAAAAAAAGUCCUUUAAUUUCUGUGAGUUAAAUUAAUCAAGAUGAAAUACUUUCAUUUCCCUACUUAUUUCACUGCAUUGAGGGUAACUUUUGUCUUCUCUCUCUUUUGCAUCUAGCCAGCUUUGUACAAGUCUGACCCAAUCAUAAGCUUUUAUGGACUCUUACGUUUUUUAACAAUAGUAUGUUGAGCAUCAGGGUUUGUACAAUUCUCCAUCUAACUUGUCCUGACUAAUAAUUGUUAGAGGGACAUUCUAAAAGGAAGAAAUUGCCUCCAAAUAGAUUUUUUUUUUAAUUUAAACAUAAAAUAGACAUCAGUAACUGAAAGCACUGAGACUUCUGAGAAGAAUGACUGUAAUACAGGCGAACUCAUCAGGCAUAAAUUCUGUUUUUAAAAUAUUUAAAUUUUAUAUAAAUACAGCAGGCUAGAAUUAGAAUUCUGUUGCAUUAAUUCACACCUAUCUAUGUUGGUGAUAUCCAGCUUCUUGCCUCUGAUACUAAGAAUGACUUAGUACAGGGGUUCUCAAACUGAGGGUCAGGACCCCUCAGGGGUUCGCAAGGUUAUUAUAUAGGGGUCCCAAGCUGUCAGCCUCCAGCUCAAGCCUUGCUUUGCCUCCAGCAUUUAUAAUGGUGUUAAAUAUAUAAAAACAUGUUUUAAUGUAUAAGGGGGGUUGCACUCAGAGGCUUGCAUGUGAAAGGUGUCACCGAUACAAAAGUCGGAGAACCCCUGACUUAGUACAAUAAAAUCCCUUUCUUGUUUUAUUGAUUAAACUGUGAAUGUAAAAGGGAAACUAAAUUUUGCAAUCUCAUAGAGGUUUCUAUCCCCAAAUGAGUUGUUGUUUACUUUGAUUUUAUCUUGUAUGUCUUACUCCAUAUUUCUAGAUUCGGUUUUGUGUCUCUGAAAGUCACUGCUCUUUUUUAAAGGCAGUCGGUAAAACAGAUACAGCUAGCUUGUGUGUAUUUGAUAGUCAAGUGGUGUAUCACAGAGUGACUUUUGCACUCCAUAUAUGUGGAAGUUUAAAGCUGUAAGCUAUGCAUUCUUUAAAAAUAUCGUUAAACCCAUUAAAGAGAGAAGAAAUUUGAAAAUUAGCCUGAAGAGGAAAGGUUAAGAGGCCAAUAUUUUCAGCCUAGAGGAAAGAAAACUGAGAGGAGACUAACUAUCUACAAACAGUUAAAGGGAUAUAUUUAAAAAAAAAAAAAAGGGAGCAGGGACCAAUUAAUCCUUUCAGUUCACAAGGGCAGCACAAAACGUAAU